AUGAAUAAACUUGCAAUCACUCUUGUCAUUAGUAGCAUCCUAGUUUCAGUCUAAGCCAUCUCAGUUAAUGAAACUAUUGCAGUAGUAGCUGGCUUGUUAGAUGGAGUAAUUAAAAAGGACGAUCUCAAGGAGCUCACCACUUGCAUGACUGACGUUGAUGAUGUUAGUAAAUCAGUCGAGACCAUUUACUCUGACUUAUCCUCCAUGACUAUGACUGGAUUACUAAGUGGUCUUGAGGAAGCUGCCAAAUUAGUUGCAUUCCUCCCAAGAGAUUUCCAACAAUGCGAAGGAAUCAGACCAGACAUUGACAGAUUCACCAAGUUUGCUUCAGUCUUCAUUCACCCUUCAGACCUAAUUCAAAGACUAGAGACUAACCUCCCAGCUCACUUAAAUGAAAUUAUGUCAGAUGUUCAAGCUGCUAACCAAGACUAUACCGAAGCUAAAUUCUUCGAUUUCGGUGAAAACCUUGGUGAAGUCUUGGUCCUUGCUGUUGGUCAAGUCUCCGCAUCAUUCAUUCAAUGA